GUCCUUUCCGUACUCAUCGUGAACAGUCAUCAUAAAAUGGAUGCUUUGGGCAGUCUCCUUCCUUCUGUGGCUGGAAAUGGUGAUACAGCUAAUUCACAAGAAUUACAAAAACUUCUGAUUGAUGAAAAAAUGCGAUGUGAACACCAUAAAGCAAAUUAUCAAACUAUAAAGGCAGAACAUCUAAGAUUACAGGAGGAAUAUACAAAAUCACAAGAUGAACUGAAGCGGUUGUUAGUUGAAAAGCAGACUGUACAUGACAAAUUUCAGUUUCUUCUUGCAGAAUAUCGAGAGGAGUUGCUGGGUAAAACACAAGAGCUGGAAAAACUGAAGAUGCAGGUGCUAACUCCUCAAAAAUUAGAACUGUUAAAAGCACAAAUACAGCAGGAAUUGGAAUCUCCUAUGACAGAACGUUAUCGGAAGCUAGAAAAUGAAGUGGAAAAAUACAGAACAGAAUAUAACAAACUUCGUUAUGAACAUACUUUUCUGAAAUCAGAAUUUGAACAUCAAAAGGAAGAACACGCACGUAUUUUAGAAGAGAAGAAAAUAAAAUAUGAUGCUGAGAUUGCAAGGCUGGAUAAAGAUAAAGAAGAACUCCAUAAUCAGCUGCUUAGUGUUGAUCCCACGAGGGACAGUAAACGCGUGGAGGCACUCUGUAGAGAAAAGGCACAACUGUAUCAGAAAUUAAAAGGCUUAGAAGCAGAAGUAGCAGAACUAAGAGCAGAAAGAGACAAUUGUGGUGUGCAAGCAGAAAAUGUUCAAAGAGUACAAGUACGACAGUUAGCUGAGAUGCAGGCUAUGACAAGGUCUCUAGAGGCAGAAAAGAAGUCUGCUGAACUACAGAUUGAUCGAAUUGAGAAAGAACUACGGAUGAGUCAUGAGCAAAACAUUCUCUUAACUGGUAAACUUCACAAAUCUGAACGAGAAGUCAAUUCCUUAGCUGCUAAAGUAGAAGAACUUAAACAUUCACAUAAAUUGGAAAUAACAAAUGUCAAACUGGAGGCAGCAAGAACAAAGAGUGAGGUAGAAAGAGAGAGAAACAAGAUUCAAAGUGAAAUGGAUGGUAAAAUGUGCAAUUAA